AUGAUGUUGGACUACUCCUCAGUCUCCGUCACGCCUGCAUCCGGUAAUAAUAAUGAUGAUGACCAACAAUCUUCACCCCAAGCUGCAGGAGGGAUGAUGAUGGUGGUGGAGAGAGAGCACAUGUUUGAUAAAGUGGUCACUCCAAGUGACGUGGGCAAGCUCAACCGUCUCGUGAUUCCCAAACAGCACGCCGAGAGGUAUUUCCCCCUGGAUUCCUCCACCAACGACAAGGGUCUCCUCCUCAAUUUUGAAGAUAGGAAUGGAAAACCCUGGAGGUUCAGGUACUCUUACUGGAACAGCAGCCAAAGCUAUGUGAUGACCAAGGGUUGGAGCCGUUUUGUCAAAGACAAGAAACUGGAUGCCGGAGACAUAGUCUCUUUCCAGAGAGGUGUUGGUGGUUCCGCCAAAGAUCGCUUGUUCAUAGACUGGAGGCAUCGUCCAGAUGCACCCACUCCGCCCUAUCAAUUAUCAUCAAAUCUCUCUUUCCCACUACCACAUCAUCAAUUUUCUUUCCCCACCAGGAACAGUGCCGGUAUGAAUAUCCACCCUUGGAAUCCACUCUUCUUGCAAUCCCAACCAGCACCCUCAAGGAGCCACUCUAACUUGAUGCUGCAAUCCCCAAACAGCUACGUGCCCUCUUCCUACCGCUAUGGCAGCACUGGCGGCCCUUACCACAACAUAGGCACUGGCAGCGUAGUUAAUGUGAAUCAAGGUGGUUCAGGAUCCGUAAUUUAUUUCAGAUCAGGUGGAGGUGGUAUCCCACAGCAACAACAGGUCGAUAUGAUGCAAAUGCAGCAAAGAAGUGGGGUUGGGAUUGAUCCACCCGCACUACCAGCACCACCUCCGCCUCCACCAGCUGUAGUGUUUGAAUCGGUGCCAGUGGUCCAUGGGAAAGCAGCAGCCAAGCGACUCCGACUGUUUGGGGUUAACAUGGAUUGCCCCAUCUCAGAUGACGACGAUCAAGACUACGACCCAGCAAUUGAAUUGUCCCCCACCACGGCUUCUGCUAGUACUACCACCAAUCCAAUUCCCAUGGGACAUUACAAUCAUGCCAAUUACCAUCAUGACCACUUUCCCCCUCAUCAUCAUCCACCACCACAGUCGUCUUCUACCAUUCCUUACCUGCAAUUGAGGCCUUAUGGAGGAGAAACCCAAUUCCAUCAAAGCACAAUGGUGUCUUCUUCCUCUACUGAUGCCUUGAACAAAACCAGCAAAUCAUCAUCUUCUGAUCAUAUGUCAUUGGAUUUGGAUAUGUGAUCACACAAUUAUCCAUCUUAUCCACCCGUCAGCCAACAAAAUAAGAGAUCGUAUAGCUACUACCCGUGUGGCUUAAUCAUCAGAUGAUACAUUAUGUUUGAGAAGCCAGACUUAUAUGUAGCCGUUCCAUUAAUUACAGAGUUUUGAUCUGAUCUGAUCAAUCUUUUUGUUCCCAAAAAAUACAUAUUUAAGAAGAUCAAGUGAAUCAGUGGCAAGAAGUUAAUUUAGAGGGUGGAAUCACAAAUCCAAUGAGUUCCAGGUAGGAGGUAGCUGCGGUUAUUGAUGAUGGAUGAUCGAAAGAGAAUUAAGGUGAUUGGAGAGUGCUAUAUAUAGUGAUUUGCUGCAAACCAAUGGAAGUUCAAACUGAUUUU